AUGGAAGAUAAAAGAUUGGCGAGGCCCCGAGUGCCCGGCGGCUCCAGAAGCAACGCUGGCGUUGACGGGCGUCAGUCGAGCAUUGGAGCCUGGGGUGCUAAAAAUCUCCAGGUGGGUUCCUCCCGUCAGACGACACAGGCAAAUGUUAAAACGGAUAACCGACGACGUAGGCUUCGUGACCCGAAUGGCGUAGUGGGUAGUGUACCUGCCUCCUGCGCCAGAGGGUUCGAUCCCCACUACUGGAAAAAUAUUGUG